AUGGGGCCUUCUGCGAUUUCUUGUCUUAUACAACAUUACCUUGGAAUUCGAUGCAUCUGAGAUCAUCCAUCACCUUGGCUGCCUCCCGGCCAAGAAAAAGCGGCACUGCAUCGACCUCUGCAAUCAUCUUGGACUAAUUCAUACCAUGACUGGUAUGCUACGAUGCCUCUCACUACUGAACUCAGUCAAUCAUCUGAUUCAGAAUGGACAACAACUUGAUGCUAUCAGACUUGCAUGCGUUUUGAAUUUGACCGAUAAAUAUCCUCCACUUUCCAUGAUGAAUGAAUAUGUUGACAAGGCUAAGAAGACUGCUCAAGAGAUACUAAGCAUGGAAAGUGAUUCACCGGAGUCUCUGAAUCAGGCCAUGACAAAGCAGGUUAAUGCUCUAAUAUUGUCAUGGAGGGCAGUUGAUGAGUACAAUAUCGAGUCUGUCCACCGCAAUAGCAUCAAGGCAGAAAUUACCCGGUUAUUACAUGAAUAUGCACACAAGAGGCAAAGUUUAUCAGAUGCUUCUUCGCCUGGUUUGAAUGAAGAGCAGCAAGAGCAGUGUCAGCAGGAGCUGCAAGUGCUGGAAGAGCAGCUCCGAGAGAAGCAGCAAACCAAGGCACAAGAGCUGCAGCCAAAAUGGAGUGGGCAAGAGUCAGGGGAGAAGGGGCAAAACAAGAAGCGCAAGAGAAACAAUUACCGGCAGAAGAUGCAUCAUAGAUUUCAUAAGCAGCCUAGGUUAUCUCAUGCUGGUUCAUUUGCCCAUUCUGCAUACAAUGCAGGGUCAGGAUUUGGUCAUCAGGGCGGCCAACGAUUUCCAGGAGUUCGAGGCGGGGCAAUUCGAUAUGGUGGUCCCUAUUAUCGCGUAGCACCUGAUGACGCGACCUAUCGACCUAACUGAAGAUAUACGAAAUUGAAAGAGAGAGAAUCUUGCAGUUCUGAUUCGUGUUGCCUGGCUCUUGUUAGUGGACGGAACUGCUACUUAUGCAUACAGCCGAUGCACAGUUUAUGACCUCUAACUUCACCGUACUGUACCGAAAUCUGAAUGACAUUUCCUGAUUGCCACCUGCAUGACAUCUAUCAUCAUUUUUCAUUUCGACAUUUAAGCUUCCUUAAUCUUAGUAUGGCCAAUAAGAUUCACAUUAUU